AUGGGGUACAGGGAGGCGGAGGAGGGGCGGCUGGCAGUGGGGCUCACGUGGGAGGAGAGCCAGGCGCUGCUGCUGCAGACGGAGGCAGCGCUGCUGCUGCCACGACGGCUGGACUUCAACGGUGCUGUGGACGUGGGAGGGUUGCUCUCUCGGCUCCACCGCAGUGCUGCUGCUGCUGCUGGUGAUGGAGUCGAUGGUAUCUCCGAGGGUGCUUCCUCUGGCAGUGAUAGUGAUGCCACUGCUGCUGUUGCCACAGCUGCACCCGCCCCGCCCAUGACCAUAACUCCCUCGGAGCUCCUAUCAGUGGCAUCGCUGUUGCAGUCAGGCAUUGAUCUAGAGGCUAUCGAGUUGAACAAUAACGAGGCAGAGCUGAGUGGGCAGGAGGCGGAGGAGGAGAGGCGAGUGUUGAGGGAGAUGGCCGAGCAGGUGGCGGAUGGUGCGCCGUUGAUUCGAGAUCUGACGGGCAGGAUCGUCGCGUUGGACCUGGCGUGUGCCCGUGCAAGGCAUGCCCUGUGGAUGGGUGCCUCCCCUCCUGUCCUCCUCCCCCCCACACACCCUCCCUCCCAUGAGCAUGGGGAUUCAAGUGCUGCUGCUCAGAGCAGGACGGGUAAAAGCACAGGUGCAGCAGACACCAAAGCAGUAGCAGCAACAGGAGGAGGAGCAGCAGAAGCAGCAGCAGCAGAAGCAGCAGCAGCAGCAGCAGCAGCAGCAGCAGCAGCAGCAGCAGCAGCAGCAGCAGCAGCAGCAGCAGCAGCAGCAGCAGCAGCAGCAGCAGCAGCAGCAGCAGCAGCAGCAGCAGCAGCAGCAGCAGCAGCAGCAGCAGCAGCAGCAGCAGCAGCAGCAGAAGCAGAAGCAGCAGAAGCAGCAGCAGCAUCCCCCCAGCCGUCUCCCCCGGUGCCCAUAGACCUGCUGGUGCCGGCCGGCGUGGCAGUGGUGGUCAUCUCCGGCCCCAAUGCGGGCGGCAAGACCGCCGCCCUCAAGACCCUCGGGAUUGCCGCGCUCAUGGCCAAGGCGGGGCUCUUCCUGCCGCUGGCGGGGGACGUGGAGGGGCAGGGAGGAGGAGAAGAGCAGGCAGGGGCGGCGGAGAGCGGGGGAGAGAGGGGAAGAGAGAUAGAGGCAGAAGGAACAGGAGAGAGCAGAAGGAUGCUUCUGGACGAGGCGGGCAGUGGCUCGGAAGAGCGUACACUACUCACGCUCGCCACCACUUACUACGCUGACCUUGAGAAGCUCAGGGCGGCCGAUUCCCGGAUUGAGAAUGCCAGUGUUGCAUUCGACCCGGUCUCCCUGCGCCCCUCCUUCCACAUCCUCUGGGGUCUCCCCGACACCUCCUACGCCCUCUCCCUCGCUGCCUCCCGCGGCCUGCCUCCUUCCCUCGUCGCCAGAGCCGCCAGGCUGGCCCGUGCUGCGAGUCUAGAAGCAGGUGGGGAUGAGGAGAGGGAGGAGGGGAGGGAGGAAGAGGAGGGGAACACAUUCGGGGAGAGAAGUCAAGGGAGAGAGAGUGAGGCGGACGAGUAUGAAGGAAGGGAGAGGGACGAGGUCUUGGCAGCAAGGGAGGAGAUUUCCCGCGUUGUUGCCGCUUUUCAGGAAGCCUCCCUUGCUGGUGUUCCGGAGCGGGCGGCGACGGACCAGGCAUGUGCUGAUGUGGCAGCGGUGGCGGCUUUGACGGGCCUCUCUCCCGAAGCUGACUCUGCCGCAGGUUCAGGUGGUUCGGCAGGAGGUUCGGCGGGAGACCCAGGAGGGGCGGACUGGGUUCCUGCUCUGGGGGAGCCUGUGUGCGUGAAGAGGUUCGGCACCAGUAUGCGUGGUACGGUGAUGGCAGUGGGUGGUGGUCCGGGAGAAGGCCGGGGAGAAGGUUCAGGUUCGGCAGCAGCGGCUCGGUCUGUGACAGUUCAACUGGGGAACUUGAGAAUGCACGUGCAGAGAGCAGACCUGCUUCCUGCUGCUGAUGGCAGUGGUGGUGGAGAGGCAGGAAGGAGGGGGGGAACAAGUGGGCUGUUUGGCAGCCAAGGGGAGGAAGAUGACUACAGCAACAGCAACACCAACUCAUAUAAGACGCGUGUCUCGAAGCGUGGCGGUCACCAUAUCAGCAUUCCGGCUUGCCUGAUAGUAUUCCACGUCGUGUCAACCUGCCUUGUGCUACGGGCACGCCCCCCUGCUUACGCUCAGCACAGCAGAGAACGGUUGGUGGGUGGGUGCAAUGACAAGCAACGUCAGAGCCUGGCGUGCAGAGCAGCCCUGAUAACCGGCAGCUCAUUGCCGGCUCGCUGGGUACUCGGGUCAAGUAGAGAUGACAGGUAUGGGUGA